AGAGAGAGAGAGGGAGAGAGACAUUAACAGAGACUGGGAGCUGGGAGCUGAGCUCAGUGAGCAGUUCUCAGCUGCUCAGUCGCUGCAUUCGCUGCCCUGUGAUCGUCUGUGAUCAAACCUGAACCCCACUUUGGAUAUCAAAACACACAUUUUGGAAUUGUUGUUUUUCAUUUGGCUGCAGAAAAACCACCAGUGGACUUCACAGUGGACUUUAUUUUUGGGGGGGAAUUAACAGUUUUUUUGUUUUUUUUUUUGAGGAUCCGACAAAUUUAAUUUUUGAUCUUUUCCAUUCAGAACUUGUGGAUGUUCUUAAUUUAUUUAAUAUUUUCUUCGAUCUGAACCCUCCUGGAGUCCAGUGUUCAGUCUGAGGCGGGGUAAUUUCAAGGGUCUGUUCCUCUGUGUCAGCGUUGGUGUAGUUUUUUUGUCUGAAUGCCCCAGGAUUACCCUCAGACUGCAGUUCCUCAUCCGGCCUGCAGGGCAGCAGCAGAGCGCGGUGGCUGGCAGCUGGACAGGCACAGUGUUGGCAUGAGUGACUUCUGGCACAAGAUGGGCUGCUGUGUGGUCGCUAAACCACCGCCGAAGAAGAAGAGGAGGAAGAUUGAUCGCAGUAUGAUCGGAGAGCCGACAAACUUCAUCCACCUCACACACAUCGGCUCCGGAGAGAUGGCAGAGGGCCUGCAGCCGUCGGGGUCGGUUCAGGAGCAGAUGAGGUCUAAAGGGCCGAACAUGAACGGCAGGAACAGCCUGUUAUAGCUGGAGUGUAUGAAUCAACCUAGUCCUUCUGACUGACCUCCUCUCUCCUCUGAACCUCCGAUCCUCUGAACCUCCGAUCCUGAAUCCGACCGCCAACCAGAGGCUUCGACUCCCGUCCUGCCCUGCUGAAGUGUCCUUGCGCAAAGCACCCAGCUGUGGGGGGACGCUGCCUCCUGAGGACAAUACCUUUCUUUAUGCAGGGACAGGAUGCAGGUCUGCUUUUGUCUCCUUUAAAAUAAUUUCAAUUAAGAAUUUCAGGAUUUUUUUUAAGAGCCACCAUUAAAACACAUCCAAAAACGAGCAGAGUCAGCAAGGGAGUCCCCAGAGGGUUCUGAACCUGUCCCAAUAAAACACACACAAAGACUCCUCCCAGAAUCCCUUUCUGUUCAGGAUGUUUGCUCAAUGACAAAAUGUCUGUAGUUUAAGAAAAAAAAUCUGGUUUUACAAAACAAAAAAAGACUCAUUUCCCAGCAUUCACAGGGAAAUGUUCUCAUAAGUCCCUCUUCCAGGAAGCAGUGAGGAUUUCUACAUCCCUCUAAUUUUAACCAUCAUGCUGGUGCAAAGUUCAACACUCCCCACUGCUCUGGAGUUUCCUCAGCGGACUUCAUUUCCCAGGAUGCUUCACUGCACGGCUGUGCGCUUUAUUUGGCUUUGAAAGGAUUGUUACGACUUAGUUUGGUUGUUUUUCUCAAGCCCUCAGUGUUGACAUCAGUGAGCUUCAUUUCCCAGGAUGCUUCACUCUGCCCAGCCCCCCUGCUGGCACUGAAUGAUUUCAGACUCUUGUUGUAGGAGAUGGGAAAGUCCCAUGAAUUCCUGCUACACUGGACCAGACUGUGUGUGUGUGUGUGUGAGUGACAGACGUCAUAUGGUCUUAAUAACCCACCAGUUUAAACAGAAACGUUGACUUCACUGAACUGAACUGAACUCUGUAACACACAGUUCUAAAUGAGCAUUAGAAAUAUAUAAGUCUGCUUUCGAGUGUCGGACUGCGGCUGGAUGUUUAGAGAAGUGAUUUCAUUUUCGGUUCCACGUUGACGUUUGAAAACCUAAAAUGCUGCAUCUGGUGGGAAGCUGCAGAUUAUUUAUCUGCUUUAUAUUUGUAGUAUUUUAACAAUGUUAAACAGAUGUUGUCUUUCAUUUUCUGCUGUAUAAUUUCUCCUGAUGUCACUGUUGUCAUUUUGUAUCCCUCCUGAUUAAAUAUCCCAACGAGCUGAAGCAGGGAUGCAGAAUAGUGAAGUGGGCGGGCAGACACCUGCCAGUCAUAGACUCACUGUUUCUCAGCCUUUGCGACGCGGUUCAAGUUCAGGUUGAUGUUUUGGUCGAAAUGUGACUGGAGCUGAUUUCUCAGAUUCUGAGACUCAGAUUAAAAGUGUUUAAUAUAUUCUUGAUAAAAGUGAAUCCACGUCUGCGGAGCUCUGGAAACUUUUGUGAACUUUGUGGGAAAGAAAAUGCUCAGAAACGCUUUGUUCAGUAAAGUAAAGGCUCCACUUGAUGCCUGAGUAAAAGUCAGGGUCAGGAUUUUAACGUCACUGAGCUCAGACUAACAAACACUCUCAGUUAAAUUACGUUUCGUGAAGCUUAAUCAGAAGUUAUAAUGUUUGCUAACAUGCUAGCACAAAAGUGUUGCUACAGCACUCAGCUGGUGUCUGCACUGCCCACGCUGUAGCUAUUUGAAACCGCUGAGUCAUGGUGUUCCCCCUCACCAUAGCAACCGGUUGCUUCCUCCCUGUGGCCGAGACUCUUGAGGCCAAAACAUCUAUUUAAGGAAAAUCUGAGCUGCUGCUGCUUGUCAGGACAGCGUGGUGUGUUCGCUGGACUCCUCAGGGUGUGGGAGGUUUUACACUUCAUCCCUAACCUCCUCUGUCUGAAAGAUGUUCUCCACUCCUCCACAAUCAAACCUGGCCUGUCAGUUAAUUGCACUGCGUAGGAGUCGUUUGACCUUUUUGAAAUGACCACAGCCGACUGAAAUGCUGAUUUUGCAUCAUGUGUUUCUCAGUCAGACGCUCAGAUAAGCUGACUAUGUAAACAACAACAACAAUAGAUGGUAAACAGAUUCUGACGUGAAACUGAGAGAUCAUUUUUCUUUGCUUUGAUUUGGUGACACCUGUGGUUUCUGAGGGCAACUGCAAGUGUGUUUUAUGAUCCAGGUCCCAGUGUUCUGCUUCAGGUUUGACUCAGCGGCGUCGUUAUGGAACUCUUGGCUAAUUUCUCCUCUGAUUCGUGGAAACUCAAAGCUGUUCUCAGGAUCAGAUGUUGGCUGCCAAAGUUCCUCUCUUCCUUUUUGCCCCCUCUCCAUGGGAUUCCCCUCCUCCUGGCUUACACUUCCUCAACACUGGAGAGCGCUUUUUCUCUUCUUUAUGGAGAAAUAACGAGACACGAUUUAGAGAUUUAGAGAAGAUCUGGAGUCAAAAACCUGAGUCUGAAAUCUUUUCCAAUCAUUCCGGUGUUUCUCUGUCCUGAUAAAGUCAAGCUUUUCACUAUUAUCAGUUUAUUUUUAUGCUUUUUUGUUAUUGUUUGUCAAAGAUGUUGAUUUUUUUUAAAACUGUGUUUAUAUUAUUGUACAAUCUCUUUCUGAAUGUGUUGCAUGGCUGGUAAUGUAUGGAUGCAUCCACUGAGAGUAUUGGUCACAAAGCAUUUCUGUGAGCUUUGUGGGUCCUGGUGUCUGCAGGAGUAACAAACGAAAAGUCGACUGAGAAUUUUUCUUUUAUGUAAUAUUCUUCUUACUUAAAUAGACUUUAAACUGAAAUCAACCAAACAACAGCAGAGUGUGUGGAGCUGCAGUUCCUCUAAUGUCCACCAGCUACAUUAUAAAUCACUGUUUCAUUAAGAUGAAAGUCAGGCUUGAAUUUAUGGUUGAGGACGCGUUUGUGUGAUUGACAGGUGUUUCAGCCUAUCACACUCAGUGGUGGAGGUGGUUGUGGUUGGCUGUCCAGAAAACUGUGAGCAUGAAAACACAUGUAAAGUCCUAAUACAUAAGAAAGAUCCUGGUGUUUUAAUGACAAUCUGACGAGAUUUGAGAAACACCAUGAACAUGAACCUGGUCCUGCAUCCUGUUUUAGUUACUUAUGACUUAUGCUAAUGCUAAUGCUAAAGCAUCAGGUCCAUGUGAAAGAAACAUCCUAAGAGAAAGUUUGAGUUUAGAGAUUAAAGACUUUGUGGAGCACCUGAUGUCCAGAAAGAUGAUGUUUUUAUUUUCUAUGCACAAGAUAUUAGACCUCAGAGCUAUUUUCAUACAAGUUAUUAUCUUGUGUGAUAAUAAUUUGAAUGAAAAAGAUAUAAGUUUUGUAAACAAGGAAAUAUCUUGUGUGAACAAGACAAUACCUUAUAACAAGAUAUUGAGUUUGGAAAUCAAUGUAUGAACACGAUAUGAACUCAUGCAAACAGGAUGGAUAACUGCAAACAAUAUGUUUACUUAUAUAACAAUAUAUUUACAGACUUUUGUAAGCAAGGUAAUGUUUUUUCCAAAAAAGAUAAAAACCUGUUGGAAACAUGAUAAUAUCCUGUACCUAUCCAAAGCAACUUGUACAAACUAAAAUAUCUUUUUGUAAACAAGACAAUAAUUUGAGAAAAUAAGAUAACUGAAGUAAACAAAAUAAUAACAUGCAAGUAAAAAUAAUUACUUAUAGGAAUAAGAUUCUAACAUGCAUUCAAGAUAUUUCAAACAAGAUAUGAACUUAAAAUUUGUGGCAACAGGAUAAUUUUGGCAAAUGGAUCCUGUGUGAACAAGAUGCUAACCUGUGUGAGAAAGAUAAUAUUUGGUGAACACAAGAUACACACCAAGAAAAAAAAACACCAUGCUUCAGGACUUCAGGUGUUCUGUAAACAUCUUCUGAGAAAAUGUCAUUAUUCUGCUUUUGAAGGUGAAGUGUCAGAGUCUGUGGGAGGGAGAAUCUGUGAAGUCAGAACAAAUUCAUCUUAGAUUAAUCUCACAACUCAAACUAUUGUUUUUAACCUGACCUUAUUUUUUUCUUUUCCAAUAGAUACUAACAGUCUUUACACCAAUUUUAAAUAUUUGUGUUAAAGUGACAGAAAUGUGUGAUUUCUGUGACUUGUGUUGGGUUUUGUUAUGUAACCUCCUCCUCUGCAGAAACACAAAUACAGAUUGACUUUAUUCCUGCUUAUGUAACAUGUCUCAUGACGACUGAAUAAAUCUGCUGUUUUCUCUCCAAAUGUGUUCGUUUCAUGAC